CAAUAUCUGACGUCAUCAAAAGUGCGACGGAAGCAGGUUUUCUACAAAUACGAUUCUGGCUGAUUCAUUGUAGCAAGUUAAUUUGCUCCGACUGGAAGAAUAAAACCGACUCUGACAAACAUCCGUAAGAUCCCAGUAUGGACCGUCUGCUGAGGCUCGGAGGAGGAAUGCCAGGGCUUGGCCAGGGCCCCCCGACAGAUGCACCUGCAGUGGAUACAGCUGAGCAGGUUUACAUCUCCUCUUUGGCUCUGCUGAAGAUGUUGAAGCAUGGGCGUGCUGGUGUACCGAUGGAAGUCAUGGGGUUGAUGCUGGGGGAAUUUGUUGACGACUACACAGUGCGAGUUAUUGACGUAUUUGCCAUGCCACAGUCAGGAACAGGUGUGAGUGUUGAGGCGGUGGACCCUGUUUUCCAAGCCAAGAUGUUGGACAUGCUGAAGCAGACUGGCAGGCCUGAGAUGGUGGUGGGCUGGUACCACAGUCACCCUGGUUUCGGCUGUUGGUUGUCUGGGGUUGACAUCAAUACACAGCAGAGCUUUGAAGCCCUGUCAGAGCGGGCCGUCGCAGUGGUGGUUGAUCCUAUUCAAAGUGUCAAAGGAAAGGUUGUUAUUGAUGCCUUUAGAUUGAUCAAUGCCAACAUGAUGGUGCUGGGACAUGAACCAAGACAAACCACAUCAAAUCUGGGUCACCUGAACAAGCCGUCCAUCCAGGCUUUAAUUCAUGGACUUAACAGACACUACUACUCCAUCACCAUCAAUUACAGGAAAAACGAGCUGGAGCAAAAGAUGCUGUUGAACCUGCAUAAGAAGAGCUGGAUGGAGGGCCUGACCCUGCAGGACUACAGCGAGCACUGCAAGCUCAACGAGACCAUUGUCAAAGAAAUGCUGGAGCUCGCCAAGAACUACAAUAAGGCUGUUGAAGAAGAGGACAAAAUGACCCCAGAGCAGCUGGCAAUCAAGAAUGUUGGAAAACAGGAUCCCAAGAGGCACCUGGAGGAGCACGUAGAUGUUUUAAUGACAUCCAACAUUGUCCAGUGCCUAGCAGCCAUGUUGGAUACUGUAGUUUUCCAGUGACGGCCCUGUGUAUAAGUGUGAAUAUUACAACUCUUGUUUUCUUUUAUAUGAAAAUAAAUGUAUGUGUAUGAAAUAAUGA